GGGCGACGAAUAUUAGAAAAGAAGAAUUAAAGCGUUAUCUGUCACUGUCAUUAGUGUCAAAUUUUUUAGCUGUGUUGAAUGAUGAUAAUUUUGAUUUAUGGUAAAUAUUUAUAUUUUUUGCCAAAACCUGGUCCAAAUAGAAAAUGUCAUUGUGAAAUUGUUAGUGUUACUACUCCUACGCAAUACGGUAAUGCAAAAUUACAAGAAAAUUAGAUCGAAGUAAAUUUCUAAUAGCAGUUCCCAACUGUUACCAUAUUGUGAAUGUACUUGUGAAGGGUUUGAAAAUAACUGACACCACAGCCAGACAUUCUUUAUAAGAUUUAGUAUGCUCUUACUACACAUUAGGAAAUUUUGUGUAAUUGAAGUCUUUACGUUAACGCCGUAAAAAGUUUAGUGAAUUUGGAAUAAGAAUUUUUUUAGUGUCAUGAGUGAUAACAAAGAGUCAUUGAGCUCCUUUGUGGAGAAACAGGAGCGGCAGUCUGAUUAUGAUAAGAUUUUGGGUAGGAAGGUACUAGUGGCACCUACUGAAGAGCAGUACGAGUUACUGCUUACUAGGUUGAGACAGCAAUUAGGCGAGGGUAGAGGAGAGGUUAUCUUAGAGAUUGGAGGCUCAGAUGACGGUUCCGAAAAUGGUCUCCUAGAAGACGAAUUAGACGCCGCUGUUGCCACACUUCAGUCUCUAGCUAACACUUUAGAAUGCAGUUGUGUAAAGUUAAGAGAGCGCAAAGAAACUCGUGGCGUUGUUGUCCAAUAUUUGAUCAGAAGGGUGCUGGAUCAAUCGGACUUUUUGGAAAUCCGCGUGGCAGUCGUAGGCAAUGUAGAUGCUGGAAAAUCUACGUUACUGGGUGUGUUAACCCACGGAGAAUUAGACAAUGGCAGAGGACACGCCAGGCAAAGGUUAUUCAGGCACAAACACGAAAUGGAAUCUGGCAGAACUAGUUCAGUCGGAAAUGACAUUUUGGGAUUUGAUGAAAGGGGGAAUAUUGUGAAUAAACCGGAACAUGGGUCCCUGGAUUGGGUGAAAAUUUGUGAAAAAAGUUCAAAAGUUAUUACAUUCAUCGAUUUGGCUGGUCACGAGAGGUACCUAAAAACCACUGUCUUUGGAAUGACAGGUCACGCGCCAGACUUUGGAAUGUUAAUGGUGGGGGCUAACGCCGGUAUCAUAGGCAUGACAAAAGAGCACUUGGGGCUGGCUCUGGCGCUUUCUGUGCCAGUUUUUGUGGUAGUCACGAAAAUCGAUAUGUGUCCCGUCAAUGUUCUUCAGGACAAUCUCAAAAUGCUCGUGAGGAUUUUGAAGUCGCCGGGUUGCAGGAAAGUGCCAGUUAUGGUCAAAACUUCCGAUGAUGUCGUCUUGAGCGCAACCAAUUUCGUAUCAGAAAGACUCUGUCCGAUCUUCCAAGUGUCUAACGUUUCCGGUGAAAAUUUGAGUCUGCUGAAAACUUUCCUCAAUUUGCUCACCACCAGGAUGGAGUACCACGAAAAUGAGCCAGCUGAAUUCCAAAUUGACGACACUUAUUCUGUGCCAGGUGUAGGAACGGUCGUUUCCGGUACGACGCUGAAGGGCGUGAUAAAACUGAACGACACGUUAAUGCUGGGACCUGAUCCCUUAGGGCGCUUCCAACAAAUAGCGGUAAAAAGCAUUCACAGGAAGAGGAUGGCAGUUAAGGAGGUCAGAGCGGGACAGACGGCGAGCUUUGCGCUCAAAAAGAUUAAAAGAUCGCAAAUCAGAAAAGGAAUGGUUAUGGUGGCGCCCAUAUUGAAUCCUCAGGCUUGCUGGGAAUUUGAGGGGGAAAUUUUGGUUUUGCAUCAUCCUACAACCAUCAGUUCACGUUAUCAAGCAAUGGUUCAUUGUGGAAGUAUCAGACAGACAGCAAGUAUCAUCAGCAUGUCAAAGGAUUGUCUGAGGACGGGCGAUAAGGCUUUGAUUCACUUCAGAUUUAUCAAACAUCCCGAAUAUGUGACGCCCGGCCAAAGGAUGGUUUUCAGAGAGGGAAGGACGAAAGCCGUCGGUAACGUAAUUCGCAUAGUUUCUCACUCUACGCCCGUACACCAAGGAAACAGAUCGAAGCAAACCAAGCAACAGAGAUAUGGCGGUGGACAGCAGCAGAGAAACGACAAGAAUCACGUGAAGAACGAAAAUAUACAAGAGGGUGCGGUAGACCAGGAAAUGACCGAGAACGGCCAAGAGGAUGGUCUAGAGAAAAGUUCGCUGUUGCACAAGUCAGGUGGUGGUGUAAAGAAAGGCAAAAGUCGACGCGGUGGUCGGGGGAAGUCCAAUAACAACAACCCCUCGUUGAGUCUAUCGUCUAAAACGGCACUACCCGACGUCACCAAUUUAACUUCUCUAUCGACGGUAGCCAACAGAAAUUCUACUACAAAAGUGCAAUAGAUUUGACAGAUGCCAUUCACUUUUUAGAUUUUUCCGGUUCGACUGGCAACAUUGUGGAUGUGUCACAUCGCCACAUCAGUUUUUUCAUAAUUAAUCAUUAUAAAAACCAAGGAAACAACGUACUCAUAGCAAGUGAUCUGAAUAAUUUUGCUGGUCAGUUCAAGUUAGGAAGGGUAACGUUUUUUUUUGCUUUGCACCACCUAAUUUGCUGAAUUAAUGCGUUACUUUCUAAAACUAUCGAACUGACAAGUAAUGUUAUAUUUGACAUUUGACAGGUAACGAACUGGCACUGGCGGCUGUCAGUUUCAUUAAGACAACAGUGAUAUUUUGUAUUAAGCACAUUUCUAGCAAUAAUGUUUUUUAUUUUAAACAUUGCAUAUUGUUACAAAAAAAAAAAUGAUGUGAUGUAAACAUGUCCUCGAAUACAGCUAGUAAGUAGUACUGUAGGAUUUUUCAAAACAAUGUGAAAUAUAUUUUGAUAAAUUUCGGAAUGUUAUUUUUUAUACACAGAUUUAACAAUUUUAUUUUAAUUUAUUUAUUUGGAUGGUUUCCUCUAAAUAGAUUCUUCGUUUUUAUUAUUCAGAAUAUUAUUUUUUGUUUGGUUCCAAGGAACUGACAUAUCGACUGUCAGAAAUGGAUUGUGACAAACUUGUCGAAAUUUUAUAUUUGUUUUCUUCAAAUUACUGUAGUUUGAUGUUACCAUUUUUUUUGAAAGAUUAAAGUUUUUAACUAAACGUCUUUUAA